CAGCAAGUGAUGGAUGUUGGGAAGCAUUUUAAGACGAAGAUUUGUGUGUUAUUUCAAAGAGGACAUUGUUCGCGUCAGAAUUGUUCAUUCGCACAUGGAAAUGAAGAACUUCGGCGAUUUUCUUCUGGUCCUUUUAAUGAGUUGAGGGAUUGAGAUUCUAUUUUCUUCAGAUCUGUCUUUGAACUUUCUUCUGCCUAAGAGCAGGAAGCAAGUGGAGAUUAAUAAUCAAAUUAUUACAGAUAUCCGUGGAAGAGUCGUGGUUAUUCGGACUAUAUGGAAAUAUUAUGUGCAUCUGAUUAUCUUUCUAACAUAAUAUCUAAUACAUAUCAGCGGCAUGAGUAUUCUGUUCAUCACUGCUUGAAUACCUACUGAAGUAUUAAGUGCUGUGUGAGGUGGUUGUUCUUACUUCUGAUUUUAAUUAUGUCCCCAUGGGAAACUGGUUUUGGGGAUAAUGAUUUCUCGAAACAGAAAAGGGUCCAUGUACUAAUCAUAAAAGCUAGAUAUUCCUGAAUAGUAUUUUCAACGCCCCAACACUUUCGUAGUAAGUCAUUCAUGCAGCUCAGAGUGAUGGAGUACUCUUCAUAAUGAGUCUUCCUUGAUAAUUAAGAAAAUGGAUUUCUUCAAUGGAGAUCUAGUGCAGAAUUUAUAUUGGAACAUGUGGUCAAAGUAGACCCAUUUUACUGCGUGGAAUAAUUUGUUAUGGCAGCAGAGAGAAUCUACUUGCGGUUGUGAUAUUUUUCUUAUUUCAUGAAGGAAGUUAUGUCGAGUAUUUUUCUCUCUUACUUGCUUCCUUGAUAAUCGAAGGGUGUUCUCAGUUGUGUGACCUCAAAUACGGGCAUAAUCAAAUAUCAUUACUUAUAUCGAAGGUGUUAAUUCUAUGGUUUCCUUUGGAACUGACAAGAAGGCAUUAUUUCUAUUCAUUAUUAAGUUUCUCAUAUUGCUCCUUGUAAUGGUAAGCUUAGCCUUUCAUGUGAUUAAUUGGUAUCCCCUUGACGUUUAGAUGAAAAGUGAAAUCGAAAGUUUCGCCUUUCCGAGUUUAAAUAUUUUUUAUUCAGAUGAGCAAGAAUAUAGAGGCAACGACUUGAGGGAUAGGCUUGGUAGAAGGCAUUCACCUCAAAGACGAUUUUCCCCUGUGAGAGAUUCAAGAGACCAAAAUGCAUUUCAUGGUCAGAUGCAGCAUCACUUUAAUAGAGGAUACAGUCCUCCAAGAUCUCCAGGAAAAAAGAGCAGGUGGAAUCAACAUUUGGCUGGGCAAACUCAUGCCACUGGAAAUUUCAAGAACUUAGAUAGUGGAGUUAAGGAGAGAAGACCCCAUGGUGGAGAUGAUGUUGAUCUGCAGGUCAAACACAUGCAAUUGGCUAUUGGCAGGCUUGAUGAUCACAAAAGCCAACUAGAGAGCCACAUGGAAGAGAGGAUCCUACAGUCUGAAAACCUUGCUACUAGAAUUGAGGAGCUUGAAGCCCACCUGAGCAAGGAACAAGAAGAUUGUAAAAGGAUAACUUCAAAAGUUAAGAAAUUUAUUAAAGCACACGUCCGGUAUUCAAGGGCGCAAGAAGAACUGGAGAAGUCGCAAGCUUGGCUUCAGAAGUUGGGAGAUCAGUUAGCUUCUGAUGCUUCGAGACCCAGUGCAAACAAAGAGGGUUUAAGUCUUCAUAUUUGUAGUGAUGGAGAAUUUAACCAGGAUGACGCUCUGAGCCCAAGAAAAGAGUUGCAAAAUCAUGCAUCUCCAUUCAAGAAACGGUUGCAAAGUAGUAUUGGGGUUAGUGAAGCAAAACAAGCAAAUAUGAAGAUGUCUCUUGCGGGACCAAAUAGAUUAAAGAAGUUCAGUCAGCGGGAUGGAAUCUCAGAGUCGGAACACAAUCCUAAAGAAGGUGAUUCAGUGAACAAUAAUAUUGUGGGAAGCAAACGCCACAGAUCUCUAGGGAUGGAGAACAAGAGUAAGCGAAGAAAGAAUGAUCCUUCCAGUAUUGCAUCCCUUGAAAAGGCCAAGGGCGUGGACUCAGGACAUAUGUUGCCCUCAACCAGUAUGGCUGCUCAUGCAGUUGAUGAAUUCACCGAUACCAUUGAUAUGGAUGAGAAAAUUGAGGAAGUGGAUGCUACUACAAAUGGUGUUGAUAAGGCAUUAGAGAAGGAAAACUCUCCACUUCCUCCAUCCCCACCACCUCCUCCCCGUCAAGAUGUUUACAUCCAUUAUGAGACUGAAGAGGAUGAAAUUGAUGCAGGCGAAUCAGACGGCAACCCGCGGGACCAAGAUAUCCAUAGUGAAGAGAAGUUGGAUUUGGAUACCGAUUAGGUGUACGACAAUAUAAAUUGGUCUUCUGAUAUGUAAAGUUCAAUCUUUUUUGUUGCGAUGACAGUUGUCUUGGGUGCAAUUUUAAACUUUGGUUGAGAAAAUUAAAAGAAUGCUGUUUCAGGUCUUCAUUAAUUCAGUUCCAAUUUUAUCCAGUACCGGCUACAGGAUGGGGUUACCAUUCUUGGCAUAAACUUCAGAUA